GCCCGCCUCGCGCCAGUCAGCAGUUGUGGCUCGUGUUGGCUGAACCAUCUUAGGGCCAUCUCCUUUUUCCAAUCGUAGACACCGAAAAGAACUUAAUCACAAUGGCGGAUGAUGAAAAAAAGCGUCUCGAGGAGGCGAAGAAGGCCAAACAGGCCGAAAUCGACCGUAAGCGCGCUGAGGUGCGCAAGCGCAUGGAGGAAGCCUCCAAGGCCAAGAAGGCUAAGAAGGGUUUCAUGACACCUGAGAGGAAGAAGAAGCUUAGGUUGCUCCUGCGUAAGAAAGCCGCCGAGGAAUUGAAGAAGGAACAGGAACGCAAAGCAGCGGAAAGGAGGCGUAUCAUUGAAGAGAGGUGCGGUAAACCUAAAAACAUUGAAGAUGCAAACGAAGAUGCUAUUUCGAGGGUUUGCAAAGAAUACCACACCCGCAUCGGCAAGCUCGAGGACGAAAAAUUCGAUCUGGAAUACAUCGUUAAACGAAAAGAUAUGGAGAUCGCCGACCUGAACUCUCAAGUCAAUGACCUCAGAGGAAAGUUCGUCAAACCUACAUUGAAGAAGGUGUCCAAAUACGAAAACAAAUUCGCCAAGCUCCAAAAGAAGGCUGCCGAGUUCAACUUCCGUAACCAACUCAAGGUUGUCAAAAAGAAGGAAUUCACCCUUGAAGAAGAAGACAAAGAGAAAAAACCAGACUGGUCCAAGGGCAAGCCUGGCGAUCAGAAGGUAAAGGAGGAGGAAGUCGAAGCAUGAAGUGUGAAUCUUCCCCAAAAUUGGCCUUUAUUUAUAAGAACUGUUGCCAUAGAAACCACGGUCCAUCCUAAAGCAUGUGGUUUCACACCCCUUGGCAUAUUCCUUCAUAUAUAUGUAAAAAAUUGACCACACAUCAACGUCAAUAUCAUUUUAUAUUAUUUAUUUAUUAAAUAAAGUUUUUGUAAGUUAAUAAAUUAAUAAAAAUAAUUUCUGUAUUAUGUUAUA